AUGGGACUACUAGGACCUUCGAAGGAAGAGGAGGACGCUCUCAGACAAGCCGCCGCUGCCCAGCAGGAGCGCCAGCACGGACUGUCUACAGCGACGUCUGAUUACGAGUCUGCUGUGUCGCACGUUAGUACUGACGCUGAGGACGCUGCUAGUGUUGAUGCGCAGGCAAACGACACCACCAUCGGCCACAGCGACGAUACACAGUCGAUAUCGACUCUACAGAACAAAACACAAGCCCAGGACGUGGCGGCUUCCACCUCCCUGACUGAUAAGAGAUCCAUCUAUGGGCCUCCUGUCCAGGAGUUUGACCCUGAAAUCACCGCCUCUGAAGGAUUUGACCUUGCGCUUCAGCGUACGAUCACGAGAAAGUCGCUGUUGGAAGGCAAGCCGAUUCCUGAGGAGGAGGAGGGUGUCAAUCCCAGGGAAAUGGACUGGGACUCUCCUGAUGAUAAGGACAAUCCUAAGAAUUGGUCGAACACCAAGAGAUGGGCUAUCACAAUGAUUACUGCGUCGAUAUGUCUGGAAGUGACGUUUGGCUCUUCCCUAUACGUGUGUGGUUUGCCUAGUCUGAUGGCUGAAAUGGGGAUCUCGCAAACGUUGGGACUUUCCGGUUUGACCUUUUAUCUUCUUGGGUUGGCGUUUGGUCCAGCAUUGAGUGCUCCAAUGUCAGAGUUGUUUGGCAGAAGAAUCGUUUACAUCUCUUCGUUGCCAAUCUCUAUGCUUUUCACCAUGGGUGUUGGUCUCUCUUCACACAUUAGAAGCGUUCUCGUGCUGAGAUUCUUUGCAGGCUUCUUUGCAUCUCCUGCAAUGGCUGUUGCCGGUGGUACAAUUGCUGAUAUCUGGGAGUUCGAAAACAUGGGCAUUGCAAUGGCCGGAUUCUGUCUCGCUCCGUUUAUGGGCCCUGUGCUGGGUCCAGUCAUUGGUGGCUUUGUUGCGGAGAACAAAGGCUGGAAAUGGACCAUGUGGGUUAAUAUCAUGUUUGCAGGUGGUAUCCUAGGCCCUGUGCUAUUGACACCAGAGACCUACAAACCAGUUAUCUUGAAGAAAAGGGCCAUCAAGAGGGGCUUGAAGAUAGCCAAGCCACAAGGUACCUUGUGGGAUUUCAUCAAGAUCAUCUUCUUUAUCACUCUGAUGACACCAGUGAAGAUGCUUUUUGUUGAACCAAUCGUCAUGGUUUGGUCCAUCUACAUCGCCUUUGUCUUCUCCGUGCUCUUCGGUUUCUUCGAGGCAUAUCCAGUGAUCUUCAGAGGUGUUUAUGGUAUGAGCUUGGGAGUAUCUGGUCUGACCUUCCUAGGUAUUCUCGUCGGAUUUGUCCUCGGUACUGCCCUUUACAUCUACAUUGACCGUUUCAUCUGGUUUAAGAAGAACCCUGACGGUACUCGUGGUAAAAGAGAUGAACAGGGUAAACUCAUCGUAGAUCCUCCAGAGACUCGUCUGUUGCUAGCAAAGAUUGGUGCUGUUGCUCUACCAGCUGCUUUGUUUUGGCUGGGAUGGUCCUCAAAAACAAGCGUACACUGGAUCUGCCCUGUUAUUGCAGGUGUACCAUUCGGAUUCGGCCUUGUUCUCAUCUUCUUUUGCACUAUGAUUUACUUCUCAAUGUCGUACCCACCUCUUUCGUUGGCUUCUGCUUUGGCUGCAAACAAUUUACUUCGUUAUGUGUUGGCGUCGGUCUUCCCGUUGUUCACCGUGCAGAUGUAUGAACGUCUUCACAUCGACUGGGCUUCUUCAUUAUUCGCCUUCAUUGCUGUUGGUAUGCUUCCUGUGCCAUGGGUUAUUGAGAGAUGGGGUCCAGCUCUUAGACUGCGUUCUCAAUACGGUUAUGCUGCUAUGAUGAAGAAACAAGAGGAGGAGAACGAAAAGUUGGCUGCAAAGAUGGACCAGGAGGAACCAUCUGGCUCAAGUUUCGAGGCUUAA